AUGGCAGCAUCCGAACCCCUUUCUAAAUUCAACAGUAUUACCUCGGAUAACUUCGAAUACAAGCCUUCGAGGGUGACUGCUCUUUUCCUUAUACAUUUCGAUGUUAGACGUGGUUAUCAACUAGUAUGGUCGAAACAAGCCAAAAGUCGACCACCCAUCGACCUAGGCGGUUUAGACUACAAAGUGUUACCAUCCGGGAUACAGGAACAUACAACUAGUACAGUUUUUAUUAGCCAUGCUUGCGACAAUACAGUCUACUACGGGUUAGGAAGAUUUCGUCAAAGGAUAGUUGGUGCGGAUCAUGAAUCUAGCCAGAUUAGCAGAGAUGAUGUUAAAAUGUAUUCAUUAGGGAUUCUCUGUGAAUCCACACCUAAUCCCAUGUGGAAAUCCAAUGAAUUCAUAAAUAACGGGUGGGAAUAUAUAAAUAAAUUGGAUGAUGGCCUUGAAAAGUUUCUCAAUGGAAAUGAUUAUGAUAACUUUACUAUAUUUGACGAAGUAUUUGAUAAUUUGACAAACACCCAUUUGAAGGUGGGAAAACCAAAUAUCAAUAUUAACAACCAUCUUUUAAGCAAAUUGCCGUUAAUGUUCCAGUCAUUAGGUCCAUUGGUGUUUUCGUUAUUCAAGCAAUGUUUAUUGCGUAAGAAAGUAUUAAUAUUUCAUCAAAAUCAUAGCAAAAUUGAUAAUUUCAGCCUGGGUGCAUUCACAUACUUAUUAUCUCUAUUAUCGAUGAUUCCCAAUGACAUAAAGAUCUAUAGUGACGCAUUAACAUAUUCACAACCCUUAUAUAAUAUUGGAUUAAAUGACUUGGAAAGUUCGUUGCUUGAAUUCCCAGCCACUAUAGCAACUACAAAUGACGAUAUAUUGAUGUACCAGAAGAACCUUUAUGACUACGCAGUUUUCUUACCUAACGAAGAGUAUGGAAAUUCGUAUAUAUUAAAAUCAGACACACUAGUGAACAAUAUGAAAAGUCCCUUGGACUUCCUCAACCACAGAGUCAAAGCUACUCUCAAGGAUUACCAUAAGUUCAAGUUGAUAUAUAAACAGUUGUUGACGAGAACCCGUAGUCAUACGACGAAUGCGUCAACGGAUGAUUUGGCAUCAAUAAAGACGUCAAAUUCAAAUGUCUCAUCCAGAGGCUGGGGUUUUAACUCCCAAAAGGAUGAAACAUAUUUAGAAGCAGAGCCUACAUGGUGGAUGGAUUCAGCAACCUGCCCUAUUUCGUGGAGAGAAUAUGUCUGGUCUGCAUUUUCGUGGUUUGCAUCUGCCGGUACAGUUGGCGAGGAUUCAACUACGUUAGAAAAUAACGACGACCAUCCAUCCAGGCCAAUCAACAACGAUGAAUCUUCACUCAAUGAUGAGGACUCCAGACGCAAAUUAAUCCAGCUAGUGGAGAUCGUUGGCCGUUUCCAUAUGCUCACUAAGAAAUGGUUUUACUUGAUGAACGAAAUUAUUCGUGAAGAAUUGGACGAGCAGACUCAAGCAGGUGCAUCUACAUUUACACAAUCAGAUUCUAACGGACCGUUAUUGAUGAAUAUGGAUGAAGACUCCAAGAUAAGUAUCGAGUUGACCUACCAAGACAUUAUUGAUAUGGAACUAGAUCCGUACUCGGAGCAAGAUUUACAAUUCGUCAAAGACUUUGUAAUACUCUACUGGGGUUCUGUAGUUAAAAACGUCGAGAUUGGUAUUGGACUAAGUGGCAUAUGCUGUUAA